GGUACCGACCUUCAAUGGUCUCAUGGCCCAGAUAGGCCUCAGUGUAGGCGUCAGCCUCGUGUGUCUCGGCUUCUUCGAAUACAACCGCCGCAAAAAAACUCUCGAGUACCUCUACUCGCCCAGAUGUCGCCUCCGCGUGUAAGCGGUUGCCCCUGUUCCCCAUGGACCCAUGGAUUGUCAUGGCCUGGCCCUCUUACUGACACCACUCCUUUAUGCGUUUUAUCAGCGAUCCGUCCCCACCGGUAUCGCGCAAAUUUCUAGGCUGGAUCGUACCGACAAUACGAAUUUCUGAAGAGUUCUAUAUCAACAACGUCGGUCUGGACGCGGUCAUGUAUCUACGGUUCCUCAAGAUGUGUUUACAGUUCUGCAUCUUCAAUGGGUUCGUUGUCGGUAUCAUCCUGUUGCCGAUCCACUACACAGCCGGCGGCAAGCAAACCGAGGUGCCUCGACUGAGUAUCUCCAAUGUCCCAACCAAUUCAAACCUUCUCUGGGCUCAUGUCUUCCUCACAUAUCUUAUCACAAUCAGUUGGAUGUUCCUCCUCUUCAAGAAUUACUGGCAGUGGAUGGAUCUUCGGCGGGAAUAUACCCUUCAGCGCAUCAGGCAGGGCGAGAUUGCUGAGCGAUCUAUCUUUAUCAGUCGACUACCCUCCAACCUGCGAUCGGACGCAGCGCUCAGACAGUACUUUGAAUCCCUCAAGAUGGGCCCUGUCGAGUCGGCAACAGUAGUCCAGCAUUGCGGUCGCCUUAGCCAAAACAUCGAUAGGAGGGAGAGCACACUCAACCGACUCGAAGCGGCACAUAUCGAACUCGCUCGCUCAUUCCUCGAAAAUGCCAAGGCUGGUCGAGCUUCUGUGAACUCUACGGAUUCAAAUACAGAAGCGCUUUCGGACAAGUCUCUGACUGUGUCUAAUGCCGCCGCCACACUGGAUAAUGCAACUCUUCGUCAAAUCGCCCAGGAUCUCUACAAGGACAAGAAGUUGUACACCAAAUACCGGAAAUCGAUAUUUGCAAAAAAGCGCGAGACCGUACGUCAAAGUGCUGACCUAAUAGACAAAGAGACAACAGCCGCUAAACAAGUACUGGACCAGGGCGCAAGUGCAAAUCAGGUUGCCUGUCGUUCGGAAAUUAUCGAUAUUCAGGGCGAUCAGGAACCAGAAUCAGAUGCCGCCGCCUGUAGCCCAACCUUCACCAUCUGGCAUAUCCUCGCAACGUGCAAUCGGCAGAGUUUGGAUGCGUUUCAGCCUACACGAUCGGAGAAGCGGUUCAAGGGCGGCAGCCGUGUUGAUUGUAUCAACUACUUUGUGAAAAAAUACAACCGCCUGGAUAAGAAAGUCGAGGAGCUGCGUGAUGGCUCGUUACGGUUCAAGUCGACUUCUUUCGGCUUUGUCACAUUUAAGCACCAUCUGUCCGCGCAACUUUGUGCUCAGAGCAAGAUUGACUCCAGACCACAGGGGCUGAGCGUUUAUCUAGCCAUGGAGCCGAGGGAUGUGCUGUGGAGCAACCUAACUGCCAGUUUCAGAAACCGAUUCACACGCUCUGUAGCUGUCAAUCUGAGCAUAUGGGUCAUUACCAUUUUCUGGAUCUUCCCCACAUCCUCGUUUUUGCUCUUGACAUCGCUCUCGGCACUUUCGGAACGAUUCCACUUUCUUCGACCUAUCCUCGAUGCAUCGCCACUGAUCCAGUCGCUGCUGCAGAACGUGUUGCCCAUCGUAUUCGUUACCAUCUUCCUGGCACUCGCACCUGUGAUCAUCUUAGCCAUCUCAAAGCAAGAGCUUCCAGUCUCACACUCUGAACUUGAAGGGAAGGUGUUGCGACGUUAUUACCACUUCUUGAUAUUCAACGUCCUCUUCGUCUUCAUGAUUGGAACCGCCAUCCUCAAAUCAAUCAUCGAGCUGAUUCAAGCACCCACCAAUAUCUUCACUAUGCUGGCCAAGGUUUUGCCGUCAGGAUCGACCUUCUUCGUCUUUUACAUUGUCUUCAACACCUGCACCCACUUCCUAGAACUGCUUCAAGUGUGGGCGCAGCUCGUCAUCCACAUCAUUGUCACUGCGCGGAAGUUCACUCGCACACCACGGUCGCUUCAACGGGCCACUACGCCGUGGUGUUUCCAGUACUAUUACUACUAUCCACAGAACAUUCUCGCCUUCGUGAUCACACUCAUUUAUUCGAUCAUCAGCCCGCUCAUCCUCUUGGCUGCCAUCUUCUUCUUCGGGACCGCGCUUGUGAUCUUCAAGUACCAGCUCGCGUACUGCUAUGUCCGCAAGUACGAAAACAGUGGACGAUAUUUCAGACACGUCUUCCAGUAUACCUCUGAUGGUCUGAUCAUCUUCCAGCUCACGAUGAUGGGCGUCCUCUGGUUGAACGAAGCGCUCGUUGGAGGAUUCUUUAUUGUGGCUCUCCUCGGGUUCACUAUCUACUUCAAGGUUUUAUGCGGAGAUCUCUUCAGAUCUCGAACAAAGUUCCUGCCCUUGGACACUGGCCUUCGGAAUUUUGACGGUGCCGAGUCGGUCCACGCUGACCCCGAACAGGAUCUCUACGCUGCCAGCUCUAUUUCGACACAGUCAGGUGAGUUUACAUCUGGACUACGCAGGCGUCAAACGGGGGCCAAUGCAAAAGCGGCAGAAGCUUCGAUCCAUACCGUUUCUUCAGCCAGUCAGGAUGACCAUGGAAUGUCCAAUGGCAGCGCAACAAGUCUCGGACAGCCAAAGACGUUCUCUCGACUGCGUGUUACUGCAGGGUACAAAAAACUGGUCCAAAGCGAAUCAACCGAGGACAUUCCGAAGGAGCAACAGGCAGAUCGCCCAGUCUCAGAUGCCGUCGAGGGAGGGGCAGCGGAUGACAAAGAAGAGUUGCGCCAAUCAGUCGAUCACCAUGGGACACCAUCCAACGAUAUCGACCCUAGUUCGUAUACCGAAGCCGCUGAUGAGAACAAGGUGGAGCAGCGUAGUGGCGAGAGCGAGGACACUGUUCCGCCUUCGACCUUGGUUGUCCCUGAAGAAACUGCCACAUAUGGAGACGGAUUUCUGUCCGGUGAUGGCUAUUUCAUCGACUCAAUGGGGCCACCCCCAGUGCAUCCAUACCCUAGCACUGCUUCGCAUUUUGAGCAUACAUCGUCGAAGCUCGUCUACCAAGACCGGAUAUCGGAGUUCGAGACAUACAUGCACCCGGCGCUUCUUAGACCAUUGAAUCGCAAGAUGUGGCUGCCGAAGAACCCGCUUUAUGAACAUUGGGAUCUGGAUGACACGAUCGAGAUUGACUUUGCACUAAACAGCUCACCAACCAGCGGUAAAGUCCAGUUCCGAGCACAGGCGACGGAUGGCGUCAUGCAAAGCCCCCGAAUCGAUCACGAAAGACAACCACAAAGACGCGACACAAGCGGAUCGAACUUUGAUGGUGCGACUGAUGCUCCUGUCUCUUCUUCCAACUGGCAAGGAUGUUUGGCAGACUCGAACUCAGGUCCAGGCGCUAGUCAAUGGGCAGACAAGGAGAAUUCGGCUCAUGACGAGCCCGCGUACACAGGAGCAUCGAGGAUAGGGACAGAUAUGUCUGAAGGACCGAACGCUACUAGCGCUGCUAAACCAUCUCGGCCGCCUCUGAUGCAGUGCACAUCGAUGGCAAGCGCUCCUGAGCCUUCCACUGCGUCUAUUCAUGCCUCACUUGCAGAAUUUUCACGCCAAGGCCUUCCCAUCAGGCGACGCCAAUCCUUACCGUCGGAGACAGUCGCGACCGCUUCGCAGAGCCCUCUUGCUUCCCCUCUGAGCAUGAAUCCUGCACCGACACGAGCCAUCGAAUUCCAGGGUUCGCGACCUUCACAGCGACCAACCUUGAGCCCUCAAGUACCUGGUGCUCCUCCAGCCCGGGCUACAACGUUCGGUGCUACGCUGCCCAGUCGCUACAGCGUUGCAGUUCAUCCACAGAACAUUUAUUCAUCCUCCGGCAUUAACACUGUCUCUGGUAACUCGAUCCGGAAAACUGAGCCCAAGACCACACGCGGGUUCUUUAAUAUGUUGUUCGGGAACUACGGCGAUGAGGACCUUCAGGACGACGACGAACCCGAGAGUCAGCGCUUUGGCUACGAGACCAGCGGUAUCUGGCGUAGGAGACGCGGUGCUCCUGAUGAUGACGAUGAUGAUGAUGACGAGGAGGCGGACUCGGAUCGUGCUAGUGAUCGGCAUCAAGCUGGCACAGAUAGUGCGGCCGAUAGAGCGGUGGCGGCAGCAGCUGGUGAAGGUCACGACGCAAUAGGACUUGAAGAACUGCAACUGGAACAGCCCUCGCAUCUGGACUUGUCGGAGUCCUUGACCGUACCGAACAAUGAGGGGCAUCGAUCUGGGAGCUUCGUACAAAGGACGAUGAAUUUUUUGCGGGAACCGGAGAAACAGCAGUAGUAGAACUCGGUUCCUGAGAAGGGCACUUCAUACAUAUAUAUAGCACAAUAUCGCAUAGACAACCCCCGCCCAUUUCACAAUGUACUUGUAUAUCUAUCUUCCUCCUUUCUCCGUUAGAAAAUAUUUAUAAUAUGGGAUGUCGUACACAUACAAUGGAUGACUCUAAAAGAAAAAAGAAAAAAAG